AUGUCGGCCGCCGAGAAGAGCCUGGUGCUGGAGACCAUCUGCCAGUCCCUCCAGGAGAGCAGUGUGGUAGGAGGCCUGGGGGGCCGCGGGCACUGCCAGGAGCCCCUCACCCACCCCCGAUGCUCCCACGGGGGAGUCUCCAAGCCGGGGGACACGGGGCCCCGAGGCCAUUCUGUCCCUCGUCAGGUGCCCAAGCAUGUGACACCCGCUGCCACCACUGCUGUCCACAACCCCUCAGAGUGCACGCCUGGGGCCCCAGUGGACCUCUGCAUGCUUGGGGCCCCCGGCCUCCCACUCCUCCGGAGGUGGCCGGAGCCCAGUGCCGCCGACACCUACAUCCGGGGGCUUCUGGCAUCCGUGGCCCUGGACCCCGAGCUGCUUCUGGAGAAGGUCAGUGCCGUCCACCCAGAAGCUUCCCGCCCGCUCGGGGGUCCUGGCUGUGAGAACCCCCAAGGGGCCGACCCCAGAGACAGCCCGUGCUACGGCAUGUGCGCCAGGGAGAGGGUGAUGCCGGAGGGCUGGGGGCUCUGCGGGGGACCUCAAGGUGGGCCGGGCUCAGCAACCGGCAGGGAUCAUGGCACCCUCGGGUCUGCUGGGCAGAGCUUCCUCUUCCGCUACUAUGGCCUGAUCCUGCGGGAGUCCGCCGGGAGGGACGUGGUGAGGAGGCACCUGACCAGCCUCCUGGAGCUGUCCCACCAGUCUGCCCCCCAGCGAGAGGGCAUCGCGCUGGCCAUCGGCUUAACGUCCGCCUCGCACCUGGAGGAGGUGUGGGCCGUGCUGGAGCACCUGGGCCGGACCCGGUUCCUGAGAUCCCCGACCGCAGGUGCAGACGACCAGGACAAUAUCCUGAAAAUGAGCUUCCUCUCGGCGGCCGUCAUGCUCGUGGCGGCUAUCAAGCGGGAGCCCGGCACCCAGAGCUACAAGUUCACUCAGAUUCCAGACCUGAUUCAGUGCCUCCUGUGCAUUCUGCAGAGGGAGCCCAGCUUCCUGGCCACCCUCCUCCGGGAGAAGGUCAUCGUGGUCAUCACGGGACUGAGCCGCCUGCGGCCACACCUGAAGCCCAUGGUCAAGUCCAGGAUCCUGGAGACGUGCCUGCAGAGCGUGUACGCGCUUCCACCCAUGGAGCUGCUGGAGAGCAGCUUGCCGCCCCUGCAGCCCGUGCCGGAUAUCAAGACGCUGUACAGCAAGACCACGAGGGCCCUCAACCUGCUCCUGCAGAGCUUCCUCUCGGAGGACAACAGCAUGGACGAGAUCUACUUCCUCCUGCAGCACAUGGAGACCUGGCUGCAGUCCAAGAAGAUUCACGAGCGGAGGCGGGCGCUGCAGUCCACCUCCCAGUACGCGCUGGACUGCCUGGAGCACACGGAAGAGGCCUCGCCCUCCAUGCUGGGCCACCCGCUGGGCCUGCUGACCCUGCUGUGGCGGGACGAGGACGCGCUCACCCGGCACCACUCCCGCCAGUGCGUCUACCUGCUCCUGCAGCUCCUGCUCCAGCAGAGAGGGAAGGUGCUGGAGUUCAUACAUCUGAAUAAGAUGAAGAAUUUUGAAGUAACGGCCUCCAGAGAGUGGGAGAUGAAGCUGUACAAUGUGGCGAAGGCCUUCGAUGAGAACCUGAUGGUGGCCCAGCACACACAGCUGGUCCUCACGCUGCUGCAUGGGCUCUGCAGCUGCAGCCACCUGCGCUCGGACCUGGCCUCCGAGUUCCUCCUGCUCAUCUUUGAGGGCCCCGGCGUCAGGCGGGAGCAGGUGGCCGAGAUCCUGCAGGGCCUGUACCAGGAGCUGCCGGACAUUCUCUUCAAGGACAUCCAGUCGACCAUGAUGAAGGCGGUGACUAUUCUGGGGACGCAGCACACCCAGGAGACCAUUGAGUUGAUCCUGUCCCUGAGCCACCCCUCGGAGAGGAAGAUCAUCCCCAUGUGGAAAGCCCUGGGCGCCAACACCCAGCUAUCCCGCAAGGUCCUCACCCUGCUCUACAUGAAGCUGAAGCUGCGGCCCCCCAAGGAGGUCGUCGUGCUCACCCCUCAAAUGGAGCCCAUCUCCCUGCUGGCCCUGGGCACCAUCUACGAGCUGCUGUACAUGAAGGAGUACAAGGCCACCAUCCGCUGGGCCUUCGCGGGCAUCCUCCUGGGCCUGCUGACGCAGCUGCGGUACCUGUUUGAGCUGGGCCUGGUCAGCGGCAUCUCGGAAAAGGAGGGAGACACCCUGGACAUGAAGCCCCUCAGCCCCAGCAGGACGUGCCUGGAGGCGCUGAAGGGUCUCUUCUGGACCACCAACUACUGGGAGGUGUUCGGGUACCUCAAGCUGCUGAGGGGCUGGGAGCUCUUUGAGCACCUGGACACUUACACGGAGGGGGUGACCAUACUGGCCAGGGCCAUGGCCCAUUACAACUGCGAGGUCAAGGCUGUCCUGGGGCAGGCAGUCAUCUCCCUGAAGAGCCCCGAGGAGCGGGACAACGUGGUGGCCAUCCUCAUCAUCUCGGCGUUUCUCAACAGCCGGGAGCUCAUGCAGUACACGUCUCGGAAAACCAUGGACAGCUUCCUGAGCCUCAGCCUGAGCAACCCCAACCAGCUGGUGCGGGCCAUGAGCCUGGCCGGCCUCAGCAGCACCCUGAUGCAGCCGAAGAAGGUGGUCCUGCUCCGGAACCGGCUGCAGGGGCUGCUGGACAGGUUCCUGAUGCCCGAGCCCAAAGACCCCCUGGGCCUGAUGGAGAUCCUGGGCGACAUCCUCCACCGCUUGGGCGCCCGGGGCGUCGGUGCCGUGAGCCUCAGGGUCGCCCAGCGCCUGCUGCAGCUCUUUGAGGACGUGAGUGCAGCCGGAGCCAUCCUCUUGUUCGGAGACGUCAUCAACAGCGGCGGCAAGAAGCACCGGCAGGCGCUCAAGGACCAGGUGUUCCCGGCGCUGGUGCCGCUGCUGUUCCACCUGGCCGACCGCAGCCCCGCCGUGGCGCAGAACACGAAGUUCACCUUCCUGCGCUGUGCCAUCUUGCUGAAGUGGGAGUUCCGGAAGGAGCUGUUCAGCAAGCUGACGUGGGGCCAGGGCCUGGGCGCCGAGAACGACAUCUUCAUCCACAUGGUGGAGAGCAACUUUGGCAGCUACCACCAGUUCCUGAUGCAGGCCUUCCUGUACCUGAGGAGCCCGCACAAGAACCUCAAGCUGGUGGCCAUGAAGUUCAUCGGGGGGCUGCUGCAGGACUACUUCAGUGAUCUGUGCUUCUACCUGAAGAAGGGCGACGUGAGGGUCCUCCGGAAACACUUAGAGACCCUCAAGCAGGGCCAGGACUCCAGGAGCUGCAAAUUCUACCUGGACUUCCUGGAGGACAUCAUGGAGCUGUACCAGUACGUGACCUGAGCCCGGGCGCGGACCCCUCGCCUCGCCCCAUUGCUGUUGGUG